ACACCGACCAGGGACGACGUUAGACUGACGCUGGAUGUGUGGACGGAAACGGAAGCCAGAGCUGAAUGUGAAUGUGCGCGGUAUGAGCUGUAGUAGUUGGCGCCACAGUUUAGCGACAACAAAAAAGGACGCAGCAGAGCUUCUUAUAUCACUCUGAAAUAUUAGCUUUACUUUCUAAUAAUAUCCGUACAGACACGAUGAAACUCUCAGAGGGAGCCAUAGAGACGCUGACCAUGGGAGGCCAGCACCCGGACGCAAUGCUUCAGCUGCUGAACAUCCGUAAGAUGGACGGUACCAGCGGCCCACCCCGGUUCAGGAUCAUGAUGAACGACGGCCGACACACCAUGUCGUACUUCAUGCUGUCCACUCAGCUGAACUCGCUGGCCGAACAGAACCUGCUGGAACCCAACUGUGUCUGCAUGCUGAAGAAGAGUGUGACCAACGUGCUGAAGGAUGGAAGGCGAGUCAUCAUCAUCCUGGAGAUCGAGGUCAUCACGCCGGCCAAAGACGUUCCCGGGAAGCUGGGCGAGCCCACUCCCUUCGUGGAAGGUCAGGGGGGUAAAGCACCACAGGCUGCCGAGCCCGCCGCCCCGGUCCGCCCCCUGCAGCCCCAGAACGGUAAAGAGCCGGCAAACAAAGGUCCAAGCAGAGAGUUCGGGAAGAAGACCCCCUCUGCCCUGCCCAGCACCCCGGGGGGCUCCUCCAAAGUUGUGCCCAUCGCCAGCCUCAACCCCUACCAGUCCAAGUGGACCAUCCGGGCUCGCGUGACCAACCGCAGCAACAUCCGCACAUGGAGCAACUCCCGCGGGGAGGGCAAGCUCUUCUCCAUGGAGAUCGUGGACGAGAGUGGAGAAAUCCGCAUCACAGGUUUCAACCAGGAGGUGGACAAGUUCUACAAUCUGAUCGAGGUCGGAAAGGUGUACUACAUGUCCAAGGGCACCCUGAAGAUCGCCAACAAGCAGUACUCGUCGACGAAGAACGACUACGAGAUGACACUGAACGGCGAGUCGUCCAUCAUCCCCUGCGACGACGCCAGCGACCUGCCCGUGGCCCUCUGCAGCUUUGUGGCCAUCAGCGAUCUGGCGUCGCACGAGAAGGACGCGGUGCUGGAUGUGAUCGGGGUGUGUAAGAGCGUGGACGAGCUGACCCGCCUCACCACCAAGGCCAGCCGCGAGGUCUCCAAGAGGACCUUCAACCUGAUGGACCAGUCCGGCUGCACCGUGUCCGUCACCCUGUGGGGGGAGGAGGCGGAGAACUUUGACGGCUCGGCGCAGCCCAUCGUGGCCAUCAAGGGGGCCAAGCUGUCGGACUUUGGCGGGCGUUCCCUGUCGGCGUCCUUCAGCAGCACAGUGAUGAUCAACCCGGACCUCCCAGAGGCCUUCAAGCUGCGUGGCUGGUACGACAAGGAGGGUCAUGCCGUGGAGGGCCAGUCCCUGACGGAGGCGCGGGGUAGUGGUGGUGGCACCACCAACUGGAAGACCCUGAGCGACGUGAAGACGGAGCACCUGGGGCAUGGAGACAAGGCGGACUAUUUCAACAGCAUCGCCACCAUAGUGUACCUGCGUAAGGAGAACUGCCUGUACCAGGCCUGCCCCAGCCCGGACUGCAACAAGAAGGUGGUGGACCAGCAGAACGGCAUGUACCGUUGUGAGAAGUGUGACAAAGAGUUCCCCAACUUCAAGUACCGGCUCAUCCUGUCUGCCAACAUCGCGGACUACGGAGACAACCAAUGGGUGACGUGCUUCCAGGAGAGCGCCGAGGCCAUCCUGGGCCAGAACGCGGCUUACCUGGGGCAGCUUAAGGACUCGAACGAGGCGGCGUUCGAGGAGAUCUUCCAGCAGGCCAACUUCCACACGUUCGUGUUCCGCAGCCGAGUCAAGCUGGAGACGUACAACGACGAGUCUCGGAUCAAGGCUACGGUGAUGGACGUGAAGCCGGUCGACCACAAGGAGUACAGCAAGAGACUGAUCAUGAACAUCCGCAAAAUGGCCGUCUAGGGGAGCUCUGUCUCUGUAUCGGUCUGUGUUAAUAGCUUGUUUUCUUUGUGUUUUCCUUCUAAACAACUGACGGCUGCUGCCCUGUUUCAGCUCCUUUACCUUAAACCCUAAUUUCCCCGCUCUUCACCUUGUAAGCCGUCACAGGACGUAAAGGAGCGCUGGUUUAACUCUGGGCUGUGUUGACUGCUUUCUGUUUGUACAUAACUGGUUUGUAGAUUAAUGGGUCUCUAUGGAGCUCCGAAGAUAACGACACGUUUGAGUUCAAAUAAAAAUGGUUCAACAGAUAAUAAG